AUGCAGAUGAAGCAUCUCAGGGAAAAUCUUUACUCAGUUCUUCUUUUCCAAGAUAUAUCCUUUUUCGACAGAGAAGCAGUUGGUGAUUUGACAAGCAGACUUGGGGCAGAUUGUCAACGAUUAUCUCUUGUUAUUGCGAAUGAUAUUAGUUUGAUCUUACGCAAUGUUCUUCAGGGGAUAGGUGCACUGAUCAAUUUGCUGAUAUUAUCUCGGCCUCUCGCAUUAUCAACAUUGUACCAAAAGAAAGCUGCAAAGUUAGUCCAAGACUUCACUGCUGGUGCCAAUGAAGUAUUUGCAACUCCGGAAGCUAGUAUUGGCUUUCAUACUGAUUGUGGUUUCUCAUAUGUAUCCCAUCUUCCUGGGCAUCUUGGGGAGUUCUUUGCCUUAACAGGAGCAAGACUGAAUGAGAAGCAUUUGAUAAGCUUAAACUCUGGAGAUGAGAAUGCAGUCAAAGCUGCGAUUGAAGAAUUUGCAGUGGAAGUCCAGCCUGAUGAAGAAAGUGUUUUAAACAAAUGCAUCACAAGGAUAAGGAAAGGUCUGAUACCAGCUGGUUAUGUCACUGUCAGGGUCGGAUUAGCUCUUGGAGAGUUGCGAAAGGAAAAUAAUUUCCUAAGAAGCCUUUGGCCAGUAACUAAUCCACCUUCAAGUCAAGAACAUCUUUUACAUCCUCAACUUUUACUCUCCGCCGCCCAUUCCUUGCUUGAGGGUAUUUUGACGUUGCAGGAGUGUAAAACGUGA